AUGUCUAGCAGCAGCUCCAGCAGUGAUGAUAUGAGUGACAGUAUUUCAAGUGCUACGGGUAGAUCCAGUGCCAUGUUUGCCAGUUCUAGCUCAAGCUAUAGCAACUACAGUAAUAGCAGCUCAACCAACAGCAGUUCAACUAGCAGUAACUCCACAAGUAUCAGCUCAGCCAAUAGCACUUCAAGUAGCAGCACUUCAAGCAUUGGCAGUAGUCCCAAUGGUAGCAGCUCUAGUAGCAGUAACUUUAGCAGUAGUAGUUCCAGCUUUAGCAGUUCCAGCAGUAGCAGUUCCAGCAGUAGCAGUUCCAGCAGUAGCAGCUCAAGCAGUAGCAGAUACAAUAGCAGUAGUUCAUACAGUUCCAGUUCUGCUAGUGACAGCUCCAACAAUGAAGACCCAGAGAGUGUCAUUGGUACAGACAGGAGCAGACUCGAAAGCAACCCACAUGCCCCUGAUCCAAGAGUAAACAGUGAGAAUUCGGAUGGCAAUACCAGUGAUUCUUAUAUUGACAUCACAGAUAUAGAUGUACCCGACAGCAGUGAAAGUCUUUCAACAGGAUAUCUACACCUUCAUGCCAACACUUUCCCGGGAAGUAGUCAUACUGUACCCCAAAGCAACACGGAUUAUAUUGUUCUGCCAUCUCUUCCACCAAGUGAAAUACCAGAGGAUACCAACAAUGAAUUGGCAUUUGGUGAUCCUUUGACAACAGAGGAAGUCAUAUCAAGCCUUGGGUGGAAUCCUUUCAAAAAGUUGACUCCUCCACCUACAUACUUUGAAGAUUACAAUGCUAUAUUCCCUCCAGCAUUUAGGUCAGCGCCUCCUAUUAAUGUUGUACAACUUCUGCAGCGUGAAGAUUUCCGGCCAUUGAUAGACGCUCUUGGCCUAGAACCUGAGGAGCUUGUUCACGUAGCAGCUUUACUAGACCCUGAUCUACUCCCUGAAGAUGACUACGACUCUAGGGUUGCUAUUUUAGAAGAUCUUCCACCUGGGGAAGGGGAGUUUAUGGAAACAGACUCUUUGACACAGGAUAUUCACCAGAAUCUUGAAACCAUGCCAGCCAUCGUAGAGACUCCUUUUGGCGAUUUUCUUGAUGGAACAGUUGUCCUGGACGGUGGAAAGACUGUAACAAGUCAAAAUAUCAUCAAACAAGAUGGAGAUGCAUGUGAAGUAGCCAAUAUGGGCAUUUCUUUCCCCCGUCUGAGCCAAGAAUCAGGCAACAGACGUCUGAAAAAUCAAAGUUCCAAUUCACAGUCUGUCACUGCAUUGAAAGCCCAAGGACAAGCAAUGUCAUCCACUGCCUCACAAACAGAAGUACAAGAAUCUCCCUCAAAAGUGAAGGAAACUUCCUCAAUUACCUUAGAAGCACAAGAAGAGCUAUCUGAUUCAGAAAACGGUGGUUCAUCGCUAUCAUCAGAAGCGGCAGUGUCUUCCACUUGCAAGACCCGGGAUGGAGACCAGAGCCAACCUUCUUUGACUUAG